AUGGCCCCAAGUUUUGAUGAUGAAAAAUCUUUGUUUGAUUUCGUUGUGCAAAAUGGCAAUGGUGUCAAAGGUCUGGUGGAUUCAGGAAUAGCAAAGGUGCCUGAGAGAUACGUCCAACCACCACAAGAACGAAUAGACAAACUUGAUGCAUUCUCACAAGAGCAUUCCCCCAUCGAUUUAUCAAAGCUCGACCAACUUGCUGAGUACGAUCAAGUGGCGGAAACCAUAGUGAGAGCGGCCGAGACACUCGGGUUCUUCCAAGUGGUGAACCAUGGUGUGCCGGUCGAGUUGCUGGAGUCACUUAAGGAAGCAGCCCACAAGUUCUUUGCUCAACCACCUGAAAAGAAGGCUAUAUAUCUCAAGGCAGUCAGCCCCAGUCCACUCAUCAAGUAUGGAACCAGCUUUGUGCCAGAGAAGGAAAAAGCUUUGGAAUGGAAAGAUUAUAUCAGUAUGACCUAUACAAAUGAUACUGAGGCACUAGAACAUUGGCCUAACCAGUGCAAAGAAGUUGCACUCGAGUACUUGAAGGCUUCGACUAGGAUGGUGAGGAAAUUGUUGGAAAUAUUAUUGACAAAUCUUGGAGUGACGCAAGAUCACGGCUCGAUAAUAGAAGCACUUACUGGGCAAAAUAUGGUGAACAUGAACUUUUACCCAGCAUGCCCUAACCCAGAGCUAACGGUGGGUGUGGGACGCCAUUCAGACUUGGGCACAAUAACCGUUUUGUUACAAGAUGGUAUUGGUGGUUUAUAUGUAAAAGCUGAAGAAAAUAAGUCAGAAUGGAUAGAGAUUCCACCCAUUCCUGGUGCCAUAGUUAUUAACGUGGGAGAUGCAUUACAGAUUUUAAGCAAUGGAAGGUACAAAAGUGCCGAACAUCGUGUACGAACCACAAGUGCACAAUCAAGAGUGUCGAUCCCUUUUUUCACGACGCCAAAACGAUCUACCAAGAUUGGUCCACUGCCUCAACUAGUGAAGAUUGAUCGAGUAGCUCACUAUAAAGAAGUUACAUUCGGGGAUUACAUGGAUCACUUUUUCGGAAAUGCCCAUGAGGGGAAAAAAUCGCUCAAUUUCACUCGAAACAUAUCGGGUUAA